ACGGUGAAACGACGGGCGCUGCUCUCCUCUCUCACCGAGUUCGUGUCCAAUCACAGGAAAAAUCCGAAAUGAUACGUGUUCCGCCCGCUAAUAUGUGACGGCCGAGAGGAAACCUGGAGGAGACGAGCAAGCGUGUCGCGAGCGCGGUGAGGGUAGUUGUUGCUUCACGUCGGCACGGGGUGCUACUUGGGUCGGGUCUCGCAGCGGGGAUUGUACACGGUCCGGGGGUGUCGCAGCUGCGAGGUAGUAGUGUGUCGACGAGAGACGUGAGAGGAGCUCGCGGGAUAUCUGGAAGUGACGACGGAAGCCGCGACGGUAGUGCGAGCGUGACGAGGAACAGAGCAACGUUAUAUUUCACGACGACGGCGACGACGACGGCGGCGACGGCGGCGACAACGAGAACGCUUUGAUGUGCCAAGCUCUCAGUGCGCGUGAGAACGUUCGCCGUCGUCUCGACGGAGAUCACGACGUCGUCUCGCCGUCCCGGUAUCGCUGACGACAUCGCUUCCCGCGUGUGCGCCUCUCCCGUGCGUUACUUUCCGCGCCGCGCUAGUUCCGCAUCGUGAGUUCCGGCGGCACAACCGUGUGUCGUCGUCGUUGCCGCAAGUGCCACGGGUCCGGUUGUACGCCACGAAGUUGGCGCCGAGCGGCAUAACGCGCGCGCGGUCGUUCGACAGUGAGGCAGUGGACGAAAGACUGCGACAGAGAAAAGAUCCGGAAAGGAGUGAGAAGUGCGUUCCGUCGACGUGCCGUUUUACGACGACGGGAUCUAGCAGCGGGCGGCCGGACGAGCUUAGCAGAGGACGUCAGCUGUGCUCUGCGCCGAGGGGGACUGUCGCGGGUGCGAGUGGAAGCGAGAUAGAGUGUGCGAGCGCGAGAGAGAAGCCGUGCACGGCCGAGAGACAGAGAAAUGGCGACGCUGGAGGCAGGUGUCCAGUACGGUUUGCGAAGCAACUUCAACGAAAACAAGAACCUGCUGUUCGUCAAGCUUACCGAUUCGGCGCAUCGUCAGAUCCUGAGCUACGUGAAGAAUAGGCAUUCGAUCGGGAAGAAGCCAACUAUCCAAGUCGCGGGAAAUGAAGGGCGGCUCUGUUUUCCAUCCCUCGACGGCCAUGAGUCCUCCUUCACGUUCAGCCUCUCCGGCAACCAGGACAUCGAGGGUCCUUCGGGUGGCUUCGAGUGUAUCCAGCAAACCGGUGCUAAGAACCUGGAGAGUCUCGGCAACAUUCCGUACAAAAUGCGGAUACACGCGAACGACGACGUGUACGAGACUACCAGACACAGGAUGGUGAUCGCAGAGGAGAACAAUAAGAACAAAUGCACGCGAGUGAUCAAGGCGAAUGGCCCAAACAUCGGGCGCAAGGUGAAAGUGACUGUAACCGGAAGGACGAUACCGCCUCCGUCGAAUGCGAGGCAUCGGGAAUCAUCGUCCCCCGCCAGUCAGCCUAAGCGAUCUCCUUCCUAUCGGCCAUCCACCAGCAGCUUACCGGAGAAGAAGAUCACCGACCUCAUGCGCAGACCGCUCAAGGAAAGGCUUAUCCAUCUUCUCGCGUUGAGGCCAUUCAAGAGACCCGAGCUCUACGAUCGUAUCAACAAAGAGGGUAUGCGGGAGAAAGAGAAGCCUAUCAUGAUGACGCUCCUGCGACAAGUGGCCAGCAUGCGCGACAACUCGUAUCAUCUGCAUAGGCAUGUCUGGAACGAUGUGCAAGAGGACUGGCCUUUCUACACCGAGCAGGAAAGGGCCACUAUGAGGCGACGGAAGCCUCAGAACCUAACGCCACCCGGCUCCAGCGACGGAUCCACUGGCAGCGGUCAAUCGCCCAAUUCCAUCCAGCCGGGCUCGCCGCCCGCCAUCACGGCGCCACCACCCUCGCUGUUGGGCAACAAGAGGCCGGGCUAUUAUCAAGGUAACGACGGGUUACCAACGAAGAAGCCGCGGAUAUCGCACUAUCGGAAAUCCGAGGCCAGUUCGUCCAAUAUCAGCGGGGGUGAGAGCGGGAGGGCCAGUGGCAGCAGCAGUGGUGUCAGUCCCAGUGGCGUCGUCGGCGGUAUUAGUAGUGCGAGUGGUAGUGGCGGCAACGCCGGCUGGGACCACCAGAGGCAACAGCACCGUGAGCGGCGCGGCGAUUGCCGGCCUGAAAGAACAGCGAACAGUGAUGUGCUGCGAGGUGGAAUCGGCUACGGCAGCGGUAGUGGCUCUCGAUCGUGCCAGACAUCGCCCAGUGACAACAUGGGCAACCAGGGCGCCGGUUACGGACGCGGUGGUGACAGUGCCGUCACGACGACCGGCGGACACGCCCGGAGCAGUUCGUUGGGCGCACUGUCGUCCGGCAGCCAUAAUUCCCACAGUAGUCCAGCUUACAGCAACACGAUCGCCGGUGGGGACCGACAUUAUUACGCUGGCCGAUCGGCGACGACGGUCAAUGGUGAUAAUAGUGCCUGUGGUGGUGUCAAUGUGGGUGCGAGUUUGGACAAUGCCGCGCGUUUCGUGCCGAGUAGUGCGAGGAGUGAUAACGUUAAUGUUAAUAUCGCUACCGGUCGUCAUGGCGGCAGCCCGAGCAGCGCGAGCGCCGACAGGAGGGAUAGAAGCGACAGGAGUCGGACAGUCGUGAAGGAGGAUAAGGACUGGGAGUCUUGGACGGUGAGUGGUAAUGCGAACAGUGGGGCCUCCUUCAACGGUCACGCCGACAUCGCCGCCGGUAUCGCGCACUGCGAUCCUGUGAUCAUCGAGGAUAGCCCGGAGAGUCCGCAUACUUUGGAAGAUAACCAGCCUUCAGAGAGUCCAGCCUCCCCUCUGACGUUGGGGAGUCCCAUGGCUCUGGACAGCUCUCAAGUCCCCCCCUACCUCAUGUACUACACAACAAUAACCAACUUGGAGCAAAGGCGACGUUACAAAAUAGCGUUCAACGCGCAUUAUGAGGAGUACCGAAGAGUGCACGCGGUAGUCGCUGAGGUCUCCGAGCACUUCUCACAGUUGUAUCAGCGAAUAACCGAGCAGGCGAACUUGGGGAACUUCAGCGAAUGUCAGCGGCUGAAGCAUCAGAUGAUGGUGGAAUACCAGGAAAAGAAGAGGGAUCCCGUACAUACGGAGGCGAAGAAGCAGUUCAAUUAUCUGCACCAUAAGCUGGCCCACAUAAAACAACUGGUCCACGAAUUCGACUCUCACAACUUCAACGAGAACGCGGAGUCGACGUCUAGUGGUUGCAGCAACGAGAGCAAGGACUUGGACAGUCGGCACUACUGACAUAAACUUAAACGGCUGCCUCUCGUUCCCUGUCUUCUCUCGGUUGUCGACACGCUGCUGUCAACAUCGCCGCGGAAUCUGUGCUUCCUCGGCAUGUUCCAAGGCUGACUCGUCUCACGGUCCACAUGGUUCCUGGAUUCUAUCGCCGAAAGGUCAAGUGCAUUCGGUCCGUUGCUCUCGGACCUGACGAGCUCGUUCGCAAGUGUAACGCGAGAUACACUCCGCCUGCUGACCCUCCGCAGGAUUUGGCUCCCCGUCGUCGGUUCCUUUGAUCGAGAUCGGUUCAUGAGAUUUUCGUCGCAGCGUUGCUGCUCGGUGCGUCGUCUCUGUGUCUGCAACACCACAAUAGCGUGAUAAUUUGUUAGCUGUAAUAAUUUAAUUAUCAAUAGUUUUAAACACACACACACACACAUACACACGCAUACCUGUACUUUGUUACAUGAAUUAUCGUGCACUAGAAUAUGGCGGGAUUCUCUCAUACAGGUCUCAUGCGGUCUCGCACAAUUCUCUUCUUGCCGCUGGAACGAGAGGUGAUCGCGUUAUGUGCAAAUAGUACUCUUUCUUUUUUUGCUUGCAACAUUUCGAAUUUUAUGACAUGUCGUCAUUUGCAAUUGUGAUUUUUCCUUUUUACUCGUCGAAUGCGAUGCGUCGUAUAGUCAUCCGCGAAAACUUGAUGACGAUCUUGUCCUCUUUUGUAGAACUGUUGCCUUCUUAGAAGAAUCUUGUUAUAAUAUUCAUUAUAUGUAGAGAAUUUUACAGGAAGACCUGUGGUCUUACCAGAGUACUAGUGCUACAAAACCGAGAAAACCUGUGUACUUGUGCAAUGUAUUCUUGUUGGGCAAUUUCGACGCGAUUUUGACCGAGUACGCGAUGCGACGAAAUUUCGAGCCGAGCUCCUCCACGCUCGGGUCCGCGAUAAAGAUCACACGACACCGAAUCCCCCAAUGGUUUUAUCUCCAUAAUUACAUCCGUUCCACUGAGGACUGUCGUCGCGAAAUGUCCGUUCGGCCACGUUGGAUUAAAAUACGAAUUGAAAAUUGGUCUUCUUCACAUCGGAUGCCCGAUUACUUCUUGUAUAGCUCGAUUCGGCUAAAUGAUUUCAACAAAUGUGACUCGCGGGAUUUUCGUCGCGCGUCAGCGACGAUAGAAAUCAGCGUUCUUACAGCCCCUUUUGCUUUCUUCUUCCUGAUACUCGUUGUUUUUAUUCCGCGUUCGAAGAAGAGAUCGCACACCUUGCCAAAAAGAAUUCUAAGAAUUGGUGCGUUAGCUUCGAUAACGUCUGACCUGGUUCUUGUUUUUUUUCUUCUUUUUACAAUUGACAGACUGAGCAUUUUUUUUUAUAUUUUCAACGAGUGUAGUUUCGACGCACGACGUUGUUGCUUUCCCUCCCCCGCUCCGAUAGCUAACGUUUGUUUCUCGUUCGUCGCGUGCGUUCUCCACGAUCGCGAAUAUCUCGUCCGCACCGUCCAUCGAGUCUCGGGCGCUAAGAGGAAGUGCUUAUAGCAGCACGAUGUGUUGAUCGGAUAUGAGGUACUUAUCAGAAUUCUUAGGUGUGACGACGAUGUCACGAUGAAACGAUAGACGAGUCGAUCGAUCGCAAGGCCGAACCCCGCCUCAUCGUUCUGGCGCGACAUGCUAAGAAGCAUAGAAACGCGAUCGUAUCGGCAUUUUUCUAAAACAAUCUUUCUGUGCAUGCGAAUUCAGUCAUCAACGAUCCGAGGAUCAAGCGGCGAGCGUAAACAGCUCCGCUGUUUUAUCGUGCAUCGUUGCUCGCGCAGGCUUGUGAUUCCGAUAUUUUCCGAAAACCACGUCGUUCCUGGACACAUUCGCAGCAAUUGAUCGCUCGAUCGUCGCUGUGAGAACUCGAACAACUCGCGAGCGAUAGCAACAGCAGCGCAGGAGGGAGUUUUAGGAUUGUUGCUUAGAUGAGUUAUGUACCUCUCUUCUUGCUUGCUUUUCAGCGAGACCACGCGCGAUUAUUCUGUCUGUGCUAUUCGAAUGUUGUUAUUAGCAAAGUUCGUAGACCCCAGACGAUCUACGGAACGUUGAACGAAUUUUAAACGCGAGUUAUUUAAUGAUUCUUUUCUCCCCUUCGUUCUGCGACGCAUAGUUAUUUAUAAUCGAGUAAUAUAUUGCAUAUAUAUAAAUGAAAUUGUUAUAUAAGAGACGGUCGUUUGUCGAAUAGGCCUUUUAUGUCGAAAAGGAUACCGACACUCUAUCGCGUAUAAUUUCGUCAUUGUGCAAUACGAAAAAGGAAAAAAAAAAGAAGGAGAAGAAGAAGAGAGUCACACUGUAGAUAUGUAAUCUCAGUAUAAUGCUAAGCGCGCGGCCGCGUCGUGCAUCGGUUCGCUUUAUUCAGGACGUGCGACGCACGUAGAACGAUACGAUACAUUUCGGUGGUUCACAUCGUAACAUGUGUGCGAAAUAUCGGGGAACGUAAUCGAGGAAAAGGGAAGACGAUCGCUGCCGAGUCGAAUCUGUACGGCAUGGUGACACCGGACGAGACGGAAAAUAACACGACGUGAGUUGCGAUAACGGCAAAACAAUCCGGCAUACUUCCGUGCGCGCAUACUCGCAUCAUGCGUGCGCACAAUGGAAUUUAUGUAAGAAUAUUGUAGAAAUGUAAUGUGCACGCACACAUCAUGCAUGGUUAAGGAAGGAAGCGAUAGAGGGAAAAAUUUAAGUUUAUUGACUGUAAAUUAUACAACUGGAAUGUAUAAUCGUGAUAAUUUGUAUUUAAAUAAUUUAUGUAAUCGUUGGAAUUUUCAUUUGCGUAGAUUGUAUUUGCAGUCAAAGAAAUUGCUAGAUUUAUAUAUUCCGUUGUGGCAAUUAUGUUUCGAUUUGCAAAUUUAUACUCGCGUAGAUGUUUGUGUAUAUACAAAACAUAUACACAUACAUAUAUGUAAUCUUUUGUAUUCCGCGUUUUUUUGUUUCCUUUUACAUACGAUUUAAGCGUAAGUGAUGUAAAGUUCUUAAAAAAAAAUAUUAAAGAUUAUUAAAUUCUAAAUUUCGAAAUUAAAAUUUUUUGAACAAGUUGGCAAUUUUUUAGAUCGGAGAGAAAAGGAAUGAUGUGUAAGAGAUUUUUUCGCGUUUAUUCCAUUUAUUACUUUAAUACACUCGCUGUUCCGGUAGCGGAUGUAAAACGUUUUGUCGGACUUUGCCGACGACACAUACACAAGGACAGUCGCACACUGUGCCAUACACGUGCGAAUUGGCGCACGACGUUUCCCCGUUUUUUCCAAAGCUCGUCCGAGAUCGAACGUUUUUUUCAGGUCUGUAGUUACCACGUUAUACGAGUCAGUGUCCUUUGUAAAUUGUACUAUUUGUAAAUAAUAUCGUGCUAUCGAUUAUGUUAUGCGAAUCGGAAGGCGGUGUUCUUUGUUAGCUGUGAGUUGAAGGUUUCAACAAAUCCUUUCGUCGUCCGUCGAACAGCCAAUCGAUUAUCUUGAUGAUUCAGCCGCGAGAGAAAGAGAGAGAGUGAGAGAGAAAGAGUAGAAACAGUGCCAAAGAGACUGAACUGAAACGACGUUCAGAUGCCAGAAAACACUAUCGAUUGCGAUGUAAGUUAACUUGAUGCGUGUUAACUUAAGCAACAGGCCCGGUAUCUUUCGCGCUCGUCGCUUUCGUUAAACUCGAGCAUUGUCCAAGCAAUUGCGUUUUUCGUGAAAAUAAGUGCUCUUAACGCUGCAUUUAAACGACGUUUAAACGCUUGAUCCUUGAUUUCGUUAUUGUUUCGCGAGUGAAGAGAUAUUAUUAUUAGCGAAGAUCGCUGGUUCUCUUGUUAUGAAAAAGAAAAAUUUAAAAAAAGACAGAGAGAAAGAGAGAGAGAGAAAGAAGUAGAAAGGAGGUAUCAGUCGUAUUGUUCCGGAGUACUCGAUCGUUUGGCAGAAUAAGUUUGACGUAGGCUCGCGCGAGCAAGAAAAAAAACGCGCCUAUAAACUGAGGGAGAGAAAGAGAGAGAAUAUAAAUAUACAUUUUAUACAGAAGAGAGAAGAAUAUAUUUCUCGUAACAAAGGCCGCGCGAACUCUCGCUUUGAAGGAGAGUCAGAACUAGGAAAAGAAAAACGAAAAAAAAGAAGACAGUCUUCGCUUCUGCAGAUUUAUAGGGACGUUCGAUUCUCCGUUUGAGAGGAACGCGUCUCGGUUGGUGGGUCUCCGGCGAAGCGUUGUGAAUAUCGUUCUUCUGAGAUUCAAAUUAAAACGCGAGGCUUUUCCCCUCGAUCUCGUUUUCGAGUCGUCGCGGUUGCGCUCGUUCUACGUCCUGACUGGGUGUUGUGAAAUCGCAAAGUCGAAUACGGUAGAGAAAGAAUGAGGAUAGAGCAGAGAGGAAUAAAAAAUAAGAUGAUCGCGUCGCGGGGAUGAAGUUAGUGUCCUUGUUUCUAUAGAUACGCUCGAAUUACUGCCUGCGAAAGAAAAAAAAAGAACACCAUCGGUUUCCCCUUGUAAACGUCUUGUCGUGUCACGCCUUCUCUCCGUUCGCUUGCGGUUCGGGUGGGAGCUUCGCGGACAAGAUCGUCAUAUCUAUACUCAAGGUCUAAACGAUACUCUUUCUCGAUUCGUUGGUGAAGAAAGAAAAGCGCGGGGAAAGAAACGGGAUGGAAAAGAACAUGAGGAAAAGGAACAUAGGAACUCUCCAAGUGCCAAUAUUAGCCAAGCGUGAAUUAUUAUUAUAAAUAAUAUAUGUAUACAAACACGUAAACACAUACACGUACACGAACGCGCGCGAACACAUACACACUCACGUACAUACACAAUACGCAUAUAGCGUAAUUAUUGCGUGCAUUAUCUCUUAGUGGUAUACCACACUAUGUGCAAAACGUAAUCGAAAGAGAGAGGGAUUCGUCAAGAGUCACAUAGUCUUCGGGAAGUCGGCACCGAGUCUCUUCCUCGAUCACAGAACACGGGUAAUCGGUCUUGGCGGGCUCGCGCGUCCAUGAGAGGUGUAAUAAUGAAUAAACGGAAAGGAGGUCGCGUGGAGAAAUUCGUGGGGAACCAUGGGCGCAAUUAUGUCGCAGCUAAUUAGCUACUUCGGUUUUCCCGGUCUGUCCUUCUGUUCUCUCUUCAUCCCUCGACUGAGAAAAAGAGCGAACCCCAUCCGAUUCUCCCGAGCUCAUUACAAUAGGAAAAGAAGAUCGUGAUUAAUCAAUGAUCUGCUUUUCGCUAGAACUUGGACGGAACCUGUCGGAGCGUACGAGCGUCAACAGGACGUCCUCUCUCUCUCUUUCGCGGGCGAAUACAGACAGGGAGGAAGCUCACUUGGUCAUCAGCCGACAGUCCGCUCGACUUUUGUUGGGUCUUUUCACACGCGCGAUCGCGUGUCUCCGCAGGUGUUUCCACCUGCACUCGAUCGCGCAAUCGUGACAUAUCAUUCCACGAUUCGUAUCCGUUCUCCAUAUCACGUACGAGAGGUGCGAGAGGAUCCCCUUCUCACUGUCUCACGACGCGUUGAUUUCGCCUAGCAGCCAAAAGGGCGGGAGAGAAUCGAAUUGUGAGCUCGGGAGCGGUCGCUCUCUUCCUCUGCCAGUUCGCGUCGAUCAGAGAUUCCGAUUCUUCAGCCGAAACUGCGUUAUACGCGUUGCGUGUACAAAAAAAAGAACUUUGCGUUAGGAAAGUAUACGAUGCGUCCAAGUCAUUCGGAAGGGCACAAGUCGACGAGCGAAAUGCAGCUAACCACAGUCCGCCCCUCUCUCUCUCAUCGCCAUCCUCGCGUUCACCCUCGGCUGCGAAAGUUCGGUCUCGAGCGCGACUUUCGAUACCGAGAGCCUCUCGUGAGUCGUCGUCUCCUCAUCGCGCAGCUAUUCGUCGACACACUCCGAGCAAUCGGAAUCGCGAUCUUGAACGCGUCGCAGCUAUAGGGCUUCGUUCGGAACGAAGAAGAGCCGUCCUUCGUCGCGCCUUCCGCAAUAUUUGAUUGCCUCUCCCGCAGAUUUGUCGCUUUGCUCUCGUUUUUCCAACCCCUCCGCCCUCAAGUCCUCUUCAGCCCUUUUAAUUCGCGUCACACUCGACAGCCAGGUAGCCGUCUGAACGACGAGACAAUUGUCCGUUGCGUCGCGUAGUACUAUAUACUUUUUGACUCUCUGUGAUUUGUGUUGUUAGGCACUUCGUAAUACAUUAAUCGCCCGUGCGACGACGACGAUGACAAUAGACGCAUGAAAGAGUUUCCCUCCGGAGGGAGACGUUAACCCUUCGUCUACCGUACGACUCCCGUCCGUGAGAUCCGGCAAGCUGUGUGCAUUUACGGUGCAAUCAGUCGAGAGGACUCCGCGAUACUCCUUCGCGUCGACUUAUCGUCCGUUGUCGUGAGACUGUGUGUUCUUUCGAGCACGUAGACAAAUUUGCAAGAGUAUUCAUGGGUCCUCCGAUGAACCACGACGCAGCGUUCGCGUUGACGAAGGGUUGAAGAAACGGCGGCGUUUAACACCUUGACUGUCGCGCCUAGUUGGGGUCCCCGACGGGCCAGAAUUCUCUGGUCGCCGAAUGCAAUCGCGUACAGACAGUCGGUGAGACUGUCAAGUAGUCAACGAAUCGAUCGGCGAACAUUUCCCUCGAUAAUUUCCAAAGGUGAUUCACCGAUUCGCUUAUCACUUCUUCAGUCUUACCAAAGUCCCGCAGCUCUUAUCUAUCAAAACCCGCACAGUCGCGUAACACGUGUGUAGAAGAGGAUCAAGCGAUCACGCGACAAAAGCGUGCGUCCUUUGUAUUACACGAUCGGUCAAUUCUCUCGCGCGACUAUGCGAGUUUGGAGAAAGUCCUGCCUGCUUGCGUUUCUCUUCUGCGUGCUUUCUGUGGCUCCGAGACAUUAGCAGCCGCGCGCGAAUUACGCUCAGUCGGGUGGGGAAAACGCUUGGUGGAAUUAUCCCCCAGUUGGGUGGAGGAAACGACUCCCGCAGCAACUCGCGCCUCAUGCUGAGGUGAGUGGCGCGCGACACUCAGGGUGUUGAACGCGAAGAAGCGUGUCGAGGGCGAGGCGGCCCGUCCUGACCGGCCAUACGUGCUCUCGCGGUUCGCUAACGGGGAAAGGACCUUAGAAAUCCGAGCAAGGGAGGAAGAGGCGCGCGGUGACACUCCACGGCGGACGCAAUCGUUCGACGUCUCAGGACGAUCGAAAAGAGCAAUCGCAGGCGUUCGGACGUUCGCGUUGCCCGCCGUUAUCAUAUGCUCAUAUCAAAACAGGAGUCAAUCCUAUCACGGGGCGGUGGAGACCGAUCUUGUUGUAGUCCUUCAUGACCCACGAUCGAUUACUCUUCUCGAUUACUCCGAACACGUCGAGACUUUCUUUUCUCUUUUUUAUCUGGUUUCUUUUUUGCUUUUGAGCACCGACUUGAGGUCUUUCUCCGUGCCAAUCGUCGAAGUCGGAGAGACGACUCCCUCGAAAUUUCAACCGCGUGACGUCAAGUCCAAACUACCAAGUGCAACUUUCGAGAUCCUCGACAGACGAGGAUGAGAUAUUACGAGGAGAACGAUCUCUCUAGAAAAAAAGAAAAAUUCGUCGUCUAAUAGUCUAAAUCGAGGCGAACAGGAAAUACUCCCCGCGCUAGGCACGAAGUCCCAAAUGAGAUAUUUCGCGCAUAUUUCCGUAAUUAAGAGUAAGUUCCGGGUUGAAGUCUCGCGCUUCUACGUUAAUCCUGCCACAAAUGUAUAUUUAUCGUUCUCUCUACGUUGAGACUUGGAGAAAGGUUUCUGAAGAAUUAUUUAUUAUCUUUGUCCUAUCAAUAAACAAUGUAUUAAUUGUAUGUAACCAACUUGACAGUGGAUAGAGAUAGAAAUCAGCAAAUACUAAGUAUUUACAAUUCACGUUCGCGCAACGGAAUUCGCAGGGUUAAUGUAGGGCCAAAAUUUUUUACUCGGGAUUGUCAUUGAACGUGAAGAGGGGAAGGGAUUGGCUCGCUCGACGUGGAACCGCGUUUCAAAGAUCGGCAGAAGCGAGCCGAGCUGUUCCGCGCGAUCGAUCACUACCGGGAGAGACGAAAAGAAAGAAAGAGAUAUCGGUCGCCGCACGCUCUCGAUCAACGAGCGGAAGGGAUAUUUUAUAAGUGCUUAAAGAAGAAACAAAAAAAAACCAAAAAAAAAACAAGACACAUUGCGUGAAGCGCGCUCGGAUGACUGACAAUUAAGUGACUUAAGGAGCACGAUCGGUGGUAGUUUUAAGUUUUAAAAGCACCGAUCACGCGAGGGUGAAGCAGGUGAGACGACGAGAAACAAAAAAAAGAGAAUGGACUUAUAUGCGUAUGCUACUCGUAUCUGUAUAUAUAUAUACACACACAUAUCUGUAUAUAUACAUACAUCUGUAUAUAUAUAUAUACAUAUACGGACACACGUACGUUUUCGUUUAACUUUUACGAGAAAGAGAGAGAGAGAGUGUGAAAAUGAGUGAGAAAGAGAGCAUGAUAGAUAGAUGAAUAUAAAGCUGAGGAUGAUAUAGAGAUAAUGACGAUGAUAACAAUGAUGAUGACGAUGGUGACGAACCAGGUGACUCGAGAUUGCAUGUGUAGGUAUACAAUGUACCCCGUGAUCCUUUUAUUGACGACGACUGCAUUGCCCCCUUGACAAAGGCUCGUAUAUUCAUUACAUAGUUGUAUUUGCAAUUAUUACCUAUACAUAUAUAUUAUAUUCACUAAUUAAAGUAUACAAAGCGAAAAAAAUGCGAAUAAAGAGGAAUUAUAUUGUUAGCGAGAGGGGAGAUUUCGGGACCCGCUCGCGUGGAACGUGUGCCGCGGCCGAUUGAGCUGUGAGAGAAAGAGAGAGAGAAAGAAACAGAGGUAGAGAUAAAGAAAUCGCGCGGAUCGAUUAGGGAAACGCGGUUCUUUGCUUCCUACACCCCCCAUUAAUCCUCCGACGCACUUUGUUCCGCCAUAGAACGAACAAUUUGACGGGAUUGUUAUUGCGUACGUGUAUUUCGGGUAAAAAUUGCGCCUCAUAUCGAGAUCUCGAGAAUGAAAGCAAACUCGUUCGCGCGGGAAUCGUCGAAGAAACACGCGACUCCAGGUUGAAGCUUCCCGGUGUGAGCCUCUAGAUAGUGUGUGUGUGCGCACACUCGUCAGACUAUAUCGAUCGUCCGAAGUAACUUUGAGCAGCCUUUCAAAUUAAACUAGGCGCCGCCAAUGGACGGAUGAUGACGGGAAAGGGGAGAGCGGCGGAACAGAGAGGACGAUGUAUGAAAAGCCGGGAUACGCCCCGGAGGGUUAAUAAUAAUCCCACCAACCGCGUUUCCCUCAGCCCUUUCGUCUCGCGCCUUCCCGCCGGUGUUUCGUCGGCCUUCCGAUCGUGUCUUCGAUUUUCUACCGGGACGUGCAAUCGUCGCGGCCUCGCGAGGGACUUAGCGAUCCGCGAGGCGCGACUCGUUCUAAACGACUGUUAGUAUACUCUCGCGUCUUCUCUUAGUCGAUCGUACCGGGCGGCCCUGGAGAACAAUAGAGAUCGAUCCGCGCGGACUCGGAGUGUCCGACGGCAAGAUGACGAUCGUCGUCGUCCUCGUCGUCGUCGGUGCGCCAUUCAAUUGUUACCGGGAAGAUCGAGUGAUCAACUGAAUUGAAAUCAAUCGAUCAGAGACAGCCAGAACGUCCCUCGGGUGGAAGUCUCUCUCUCUCUCUCUCUUUCUCCUCACUUUCUCCUCUCUCUUUUUCUCGGAUCCGCGUGUGCAAAUCGUUCGAGCGAUCAUCGCGAUUUCGUCUCUCGACGAGAGACGUUCGGGCGAAAGAGCUUUCCCCAGUCAUCAUGUUCCACGUGAGCUUCUCUAUCCGAAUGGGCCGUGCGCGCGUGCUUCUGUUCUAUUCGGAAAGGGCAAGCUAGUGAGAGGCGAAUCAAUGAUAUAUACUUCGCGCCGCGAUCGAUGAUGAGGACGAUGACGAUGACGUUUACGACGAGGAUGACGGCGAGUGCAAGGAAGAGAGUGAGAUAGACAGAGAGAAAUGAAAUAUAUAUAUAUAUGUGCGUUGCGUUGCGUUGCGUUGCGUUGCGUUGCGUUGCGUGCGUCUUCAGACGAGCGUCGAUCUGGUGGUUCGCGCAGUGGCGACCGCGAAACCGAGAUUACGAGAGCGAGUUUGCGGAAGAUGCGUACUGUACAUACACUGGGACCGAGAGAUCGCGCGUGCGCGCGCCGAGAAUCUGCGCGGUUUUUCCCGAUUGCCUCGUCGAGAACGCUGCGAUGAUUUCCUCAUCGCGCGCGCACGCGCCCUCCGCUGGGGAAGAGCACGAAAGAGAGCGGAAAGAAGGCGGCUCGUCUCCGUUUAAUCGCGCUAAUUUAAUUUGUACAUAAUUUCCUUGUGAGCUGAACCCUCGUUGUCGUUGUUAAUCUUCCAGUUUUGCGUUGACUCGAGACCAGGCCUCCUGUCCGUUGUUGCAUCCGUGUAAUCGCGUUCCGUUGUCGCGCGCGGUCUGCUGGGGAAGACUUCGCUUCGAGGACACGUGGAUCGAGGGCGAAGGAGAGUCGCGUCCGUGGUGUCGAUGUAGUCGCGGAGAGAGAUUCGCCGGCCGUUCUCCGGGCGUUCCUCGGCGAGCACGAUCGCUCGCUCGCUCGCGCGACGCGUUCUCGAGUUUUGCGAACGCGCGCGCGACGAACUGAUCGGCUGCUCGUCACAAUCAGUUAGCACUUUCGCUUCUAUGGGUGAUUCUUACUUAAAGCUGAGACGUCUCGUUCCCGUGGCGAAGCGAACGUGGCAAUCGAUCGGCCGAGCUCGCGGCGAACGAAUCGCGCCGUCGUCGGGACACGAGCUCUCGUGGACGAGUCGGAAAUGCCAGGGCACAUCCGUGACUUCCGUCCCGCGCGCGCAACGUAAGCCGCGUCGAGCUUCUCGCGCACGAAGCGGCCGCGAGAACCUCGUCGUCCUUGUCCUCCGUAAUCGUGCAAGCAUUCUCUGUCCAUUUUUACGCAGGAGUCGCGUCGUCGUAGGUCCAAGCAGGCGAUUGACGGAGUGCCCGGCGAACCACCGUGAAAAGGAAGUCCCUUCGCACCGAGCUCACAAUGAGAACACCUCUUGGAAGACUGUCUUCCCCGUUCAUUACAAAUUUGACAACUCGAUUACGAAAUUCCCGUGAAAUCGAUCUAUACUUCGUCGUGGAAUUUCCGAGCGAGAGAGGGACUUGGUUCGGUGGUUCGGGGAGCACUCUGUACGAACGUAAUAAUUAAAUAGAUAGACAUCGAGAACACGCUGGCAUAACGACACGACGACGUCCGCGUAGAGCUCGUUCCCGAACGCAACGAGGCGCAAUCUCUCCGGAUUCGUGACUUCCAUAAGCGAGGCGAGGUCGCGAGAAAAACGCGACGAGCUCGAGCCGAUUCUCCGAUUCGAACGGGCACUCUGACUAAUUAAGAAAAAAAAAGUACUAUAUUUAUUCGAACGACUUGCCAAGUUUUGUUGCACACAGUGUACGCGAGAUAAACUCACGCGGCAAAAGAAAAUCAUAUAAAAAAAAAGAGAAAGAAGGAGAAGGAAGAGGAGAUAGGAUGGUUAACGAUAGGAAUGAUCUGGCAGGGUUUACGGAUGAGUUGCGUAGUUACUUGAGCGGUUUCACGAAAUAUUGAUGUAUAUAUCUUAAGUUUGUAUUAUAACUUCCCUCACUUAAUUUGUAUGAAAUGAAGAAUUUCGAACAUUAUAAAGCCAGAAUGAAAAAAGAA